GGCAUGGAUGAAGAACGUGCCGUGGAGCAGUGGUGAACCGCAUCGAGCAUCAUAUGUAUGUAACCAAUGGCACAUUAUAUCAACGAUGACAUGCACUUUCUAUCAGCAUCGGUGAUUGCGGGAGCCAGCACACCUCCCCGGAAAGGAAAUACGGCAUAUCAUCCAAUCAACACGUGGGCAACUGAUGGAACUUGCGGACCGCAGCAGGCAAUCUUCUAUCAGACGACGACAGCAGCCCGGCCCAAACACGUGCAUGACAGCGUUGCAUCCCAACGCCACCUCAGCCCGAUUCGAAGCAACAGGCCUACAAUCGACAACGCGCAGCCGAGGUGGUUGGACCUUCUGCUCCUGCUUGUUCUUCGCGAAGCCCUUGCCUUCCCCCGCUGGCAUGGCAAACAGACGAAGCCGCUUUCCGUGGACAACCAGGAAGAGCAAACCAUGCGUAUAUCAUGAUGAGGGUAUGGCGCCUUUAUUCGGAACUGUGCUUGACUAAA